AUGGAUCCAGGUGGUGGAAGUCUUGGACUGCAAACACAAGAAUCCAAAAUGCCUCACACUAUGAUUAUGCAGGAUUUUGUGGCUGGAAUGGCUGGCACUGCUCAUAUUGAUGGAGACCAUAUUGUUGUAUCAGUCCCCGAAGCUGUCCUAGUUUCUGAUGUUGUUACCGAUGAUGGAAUAACUCUUGAUCAUGGCUUAGCAGCUGAAGUUGUCCAAGGACCUGACAUCAUCACUGAAACUGAUGUUGUAACAGAAGGUGUAAUUGUUCCUGAUUCUGUUUUGGAAGCUGAUGUUGCUAUUGAAGAAGCUUUAGAUACCAGUGAUCAUGUUUUGACUUCUGAUCUAAUAACUGAAACCGUUAGAGUUCCCGAUCAGGUUUUUGUGGCUGACCUUGUGACAGGUCCUGAUGGACAUUUGGAGCAUGUGGUGCAAGACUCUGUGUCAGGAGCCAACUCGCCUACAAUGGUUUCAGAAGAAGUUCUUGUAACGAACUCAGAUUCUGAAGCAGUCAUUCAAGCAGCUGGUACUGUUCCUGGCUCCACGAUGACUAUAAAAACAGAAGACGAUGAUGAUGGCAAGAGUACAUCUGAAGACUACUUAAUGAUAUCUUUGGAUGAUGUUGGAGAAAAACUGGACCAUAUGGGAAGCACUCCCUUAAAAAUCAGUACCGAGGUGGCAAAUGAUGAUGUUGCUAAAGAUGACGGUUUUGGUUCAGAAGUUAUCAAAGUGUACAUAUUUAAAGCUGAAGCUGAAGAUGAUGUUGAAAUAGGUGGGACAGAAAUUGUCACAGAGAGUGACUUUCACAAUGGACAUUCUGUAGCUGGAGUAAUUGAACAAGGAGGUGUUGGUAGAAUGCAGCGAGAAAAAAUGGUUUACAUGGCUGUUAAGGACUCUUCUCAGGAAGAUGAAGAUAUUAGAGAUGAAAGAAGGCUACCCAGAAGAUACGAAGAUGGUCAAGCGGCAGGAAAUAACUUGGAUACACGAUUAGAAAACAAAAACGGUAAUGCAACACAAUACCUGCAGAUUUGUGAUAGCAUUAGCACUAAUAGAGUGCUAAAACAAAAAACCAAGAAAAGGAGGAGAGGAGAGGCCAGGCAAUGGCAAACAGCUGUUAUAAUAGGUCCUGAUGGACAGCCCUUAACAGUUUACCCUUGUCAUAUUUGUGGGAAAAAAUUUAAAUCCAGAGGAUUCUUGAAAAGGCAUAUGAAGAAUCAUCCAGAUCAUAUGAUUAAGAAGAAAUACCAGUGUACAGACUGUGACUUUACAACUAACAAAAAAGUAAGUUUCCACAAUCAUCUGGAAAGCCAUAAACUUAUAAAUAAAGUUGAUAAAACCCAUGAGUUUACAGAAUAUACAAGAAGAUACAGAGAAGCAAGCCCGUUGAGUUCUAAUAAACUAAUACUGAGGGACAAGGAGCCCAAGCUACACAAGUGCAAAUACUGUGACUAUGAAACUGCAGAGCAGGGACUACUCAAUAGACAUCUACUUGCAGUUCACAGUAAGAACUUCCCUCAUGUUUGUGUGGAGUGUGGGAAAGGAUUCCGCCAUCCGUCAGAGCUGAAAAAGCAUAUGAGGACCCACACUGGGGAAAAGCCAUACCAGUGUCAGCACUGUGUCUUCAGAUGUGCUGAUCAGUCCAAUCUGAAAACUCACAUCAAAACCAAACAUGGGACUGAUUUGCCAUUUAAAUGUGAGCACUGUCCCCAGGCGUUUACAGAUGAAAAAGAACUGCAGCAGCACACAGAGUUAUUUCAAGGGCAUAAAACUCAUCAGUGUCCACAUUGUGACCAUAAGAGCACCAAUUCAAGUGACCUGAAGCGACACAUUAUUUCAGUUCACACAAAGGAUUUUCCCCACAAAUGCGAGGUAUGUGAAAAAGGCUUCCAUCGUCCAUCUGAGCUCAAAAAGCAUAGUGAAACCCAUAAAGGUAAAAAGAUACAUCAGUGUAGACACUGUGACUUUAAAACAUCAGAUCCUUUUGUACUUAGUGGGCAUAUCCUCUCAGUUCACACCAAGGACCUGCCUUUUAAAUGCAAAAGAUGUAAAAGAGGAUUUAGGCAGCAAAAUGAACUUAAGAAGCACAUGAAGACCCACAGUGGAAGAAAAGUUUAUCAAUGCCAGUAUUGUGAAUAUAGCACUACGGAUGCGUCAGGCUUUAAACGACACGUAAUAUCCAUACACACAAAAGACUAUCCACAUAGGUGUGAGUAUUGCAAAAAGGGAUUCCGUAGACCAUCUGAAAAAAAUCAGCAUAUAAUGAGGCACCACAAAGAGGCUAUAAUGUAAUAUAUGAUCUCAAGAAGGAAGCAAUUUAGAAACUGUGAUAUGCUAAUUGGGG